UCUGCAGAUAAGCAAUUUUAGAAAAGUUUCGGAUGGCUCUACAAACAGGGUGUAACUAAUAGAAAUAAAAGCAUCAAAAAUGUAAAAUACUGGAUACUAUAUAUUUUUAACUAUGUCAUCUAUUUGAAACUGAGAACAACGCGUUAAAUCUAAAGAAGCAUAACGGUAUCAGGUAAAAAGAAUAUCUAGCAUAUAUAUAAUAGUCUGUAACUGUUAUUCUUCAAGCAGAGUUUUAACCAUGAGUUUAUUCACCACAAGAAUCAUUAUGUCAAAAAGAAAUUUACGGUCGCGAAUUGCUACAAUUUGUCAGACCAACAACUUUGGAAGUACACACUAUGUGAGGAGAUAUUUUGGUCAUGUUGACUCAGAAAUCGUUCGGGCAUAUGAAGGAGAGAGAGUGGCGGAACAAUAUGCAAAAUAUAGGCCUUCUUAUCCAACUAUUGUGCCGGACGCUAUCAUGAAAUAUUUAAAGAAGGGGCGUUUUGUAAAAGGGCAAGGAAAGUAUGGGAAAAUGCUCGAUGUUGGAUGUGGAAAUGGUAUAUUGUCAACACAGAUAUUUGCUCCACAUUUUACCUCAAUAUUGGGGAUAGAUAUUAGUGAGGCUCAAAUAAAUAAGGCACGCAAGUUGAAUACGUAUCCGAAUAUUGUUUAUGAAAUUAGUGAUGGAUACACAUUUCCUGUUGAAGAUAGUAGUGUUGAUUUGAUCACUUGUGCAUCGGCAAUUCAUUUUAUGGAUGUAAAGAAAUUUGAAGAAGAAUGCGAACGUGUUUUGAAGCCUGGUGGCUGUUGCGCUGCGUAUGUCCUUAAUUUUAGAACAGCUAUUGCCUUCGGAAAAAAUCGUCAUCUGGCACCGUUGUCGUUGAGAGGCAUACUUGUUAAUUACUUUAAUAACAUUCAAAUGCACCCACGGAGUUUCUCUGCAAUAGAUGGCAACCGAACAGUCUAUAACCAAAUUCAAAACAACUCAAAGGCGUAUCUUCAUCUGCUGAGACAGUAUAAACGCAUGAGAUUUUCAGAGUUCAAGGACAUAUUUAGAACAGCUGGAGAAUAUAUUACUAUGAUGCAAAACAGCGAAACACGUAUAGACCCGGUUGAAAUACUUGGCAACGAAAUGAAAGAGGGUUUGUAUUUAGAAGACACUGCCGAUAAUGAUAUCGAACUUAUUGUUGAACAUGAAUAUCCUACCUUCGUAUUUAGAAACCAAAAAUAAUUUACAAAAAUUACAGACUUCAUUUUUAUAGUCCAAGUAUGGCACUGGACUCGUAUGCUCACAAUCUGUUGUUUACUAAUCUUCCAAUGCCUCAACGCAAUUGCAUUUUUCCAUUUGCCUCAUUUUGUACGUAAACUGACUGGUAUAACAUUGGAUUGACGGCUUAAUCAUACGGUUAUGUUUUUAUGAGAAUAGUUAACCAGGUAUUCAUUUCAGAUGCAUGAACUUGAAUAUUUUAUAUACCAUAAGAAUGAAGCAAUAGCCCUCGCAGGAUUUUUUUUUAUAUUGUAAGUGUAUAUUAUUGAAGAGCUAUUUGGUGUGGAUAUUGCUUUGAUAACUUGUAAAAACAGUCAUAUUUUCAUCAUUAAUAUUAUUCCAUGUUCAAUUAUACAUUCAUUUUCACUAUAAGAUAGAAUAUACAUAUCUAUAAAUGCACCUUUGCCUAAGAAGUGAUCAUUUUUAUUUUAAAUGACGUUUUUCGUCUUUGAGACAAAUAAGAUCAACUUUAUUCUAUGGACAUUGUUCGUAAAAAAGUAUAUAUUUAGCAAUAAAUUUUGUUUUGGAA